UUUAUACUUUUACACACUUUACUCAAGGAAAACACGUGAUCGUGUAUUAUAAUUUGGUGUAUGACUCUUCAAAUGCUAUUUACCCAAACAUACAACUUCUUUGAAUAACAAAUUUGACAACAAAAUCCUUUAUUAUUACAAUACUAACACACUGAUGAAUUUUUAUAUUAAUGGAAUUUACACAACCAUCAUAAAAUAUAAGCCAUGAUUCAACAGUGACCUAAUGUCUCAAUUAAAAUAUAACUUUAUACAUUGGUUCCAUACUUUGGUUAUAAUUGCGGGGAUUCAUGAUUCAACAUGUCACAGUCAAACGUCUCAAUAAUUCCCUACACAUUUACCAAUAAAUUGGAAAAACCACAUAAAAAAAUUAUUAACCAAUUAUUCUAUCAUUAUUUUUAGAAUUAACGGGUUAAUUUCAAAAAUUCAGAACAACCAUACAACAGUCUGAAUACUCAAAAAUUAAACCCUUAUUCUACAUAUAAAAUAAAUUAAACAUAUUAUCAAAUUAAAAACUAAACUUUAUUAAUAUUCGGAGAAUCUUUAAAAUUACAAUUAUUUAUUGAGGGAUGAGA